UAGAGUUCGAGAGCUAGAAGCACAACUAGCUCGGAUGGAAAGGACAAAUGAGCGACUGAUCAACCUCAUGGAGAAUCAGGCUCAAGAGGCCAAUGACGACGGGAAAUACUUUAAGAAUAUGGCAUAUCAUCGUCCGCCGCAAUACGACGGAGAAGCUGAUCCGGUUCGCUUUGAGAAUUGGCUCGCAGAGAUGGAGAAACUUUUAGAGGUCAUUAACUGUCCAGCGCACCUAAAAGUAAAGCUGGCUUCCUUCUACCUAUCUGGUCCAGCAGAGUUAUGGUGGCGUUCUGUCAAGGCCACUAUGACUGAUACCUUUUGGGAUGAUUUCCUUAUAACUCUUCGUCAACAAUUCUAUCCGCCAUCACUCCAACGGAAAAAGGAGAAUGAGUUCUUACAUCUUCGUCAGGGUCUUAUGACCGUGAUUGAGUACAGUUGUAAGUUCAAUGAGCUAUCUCGAUUUGCUUCUAACAUCGUAAGCAAAGAAAGUGUUCGUGCAUCCCGCUUCUUUGAGGGUCUUAAUCUUAAGAUCCAAAAGGGGAUCGGGAAGUAUUCUGACUUCCGAGAUCUCUACGACCGAGCGCUUGAGUAUGAGAGGAUCCUUGAAAAAGAGGACAACACCAACAAAAGAAAAUUUAGUGGAGGCAACAACAACAGGAACAAGAAGCCGACCAAUUGGGAUCGCAAGCCGUUCCAACCAACCACUUCAACAAGAGUCACAGUUUGGAAGUGUCGCUUAUGUGGUAAGGAUCACCGAGGUCGUUCAUGCACUGGGAAGAUCAUCUGCUUCAAAUGCAAAAAGGAGGGUCAUGUUUCCACUAACUGCCGAGAAGGGAUCCAGUUGGGAGCUAGUAGUACUGGUAAUUAUGGAGCUCCUAGUUCUUCGGGAAAUGUUCAGAGUAUUGCAGCUAGGAGGACUGCCGGUUUGCACGCUAUUAGCAACCAUGUAGACAAUCUUCAUCAGGCGUUUGAGGAAUCAAAUGAAGAUGGAGCUUGAUCUUAUCACUUCUUAAGCCGAUAAUCAUCAACUUUUAAAAAGUCAAGUAUUAUCUUUUGGAGCUUGGAUAUCUUUUUCUUUUGGGUAAUUGAAGAUCUACUUCUUUGAAGCUUGGAACCUUGAAGACUUUCUUUUGGAACUUAUUUCCUUAAGUUCUUAUUUUUCUAUUAUUAUUCUCUUACUUGGUUUAGCACCACCUUCGGAGGAAAA